CAUAUAGACGCCGCCUUUGGCCAAAACCACAACACUAUCGUAACCGGGUGCUUGGUACUGCCACUAGAUUUACUGGGUACCGAAACUCUGGGAAUGACAUCCGCGGGUUUUCAAUAGGGAAUUCCCGUAAGUGAACCUUUUGCUUAAAAAUGGAGUGCAAAGUGCAAAAACAUCCAGUCAUCGUCUUUGACAAGGAAGGCGGAUCUUCCACUGGGGAUGGGAAUUGCACCUCUUGCAGCCGUUGUGGCUUAAAGUUCGUAAGUUGGACGAAUCUCACUCUUCUCUUCGUAUUAUUUCUGUCAAACAUUUUUCUUCAUUAUAAGUGUAUGACAAUUUCAAACGAACUGUCAGAAUUACAGCAAUCUCAGAAAAGAGGUGUUCCAGCCCAGGCUAGCUAUCUUACUUCGUCAGUUCAGGAUCUCGCAAGUGACUCCAAACCCCACAACAAUGAGAAAACUCUGAGCAGAAGAAACAACCGCCAGGUCCGGAGACGGAGGAGAGAGAUUUUAAACCUGCUUGAAAGAAACACGGAAAAAAAUCGGGAUGCCAUUGAGCGGAUCCUCAGCCGACCUGCCAUACAUUUGAGGGGGUCUACUACCAACGGAUUUGUGCAGAAUGCAAUAUUUACAGAGUUUGAAAGAACAAAUAUUUUCCGAUGGGAACACCAGGACCGGAACUACCCGAACCCGUCCUUUCGCUAUGUGAACGAUAUGCAGGACAGUAAUAUGAUAUUGGGCGUCAAUAUCACCAAUCCAGGGAUGUACCUCAUCUACAGCCAAGUUGUUGUCAGAGGCCCAUUCACAAAUUAUGAUCCUGCCUACGGAUUGGAGACUGUACGAAAGAAACCAGGGCUACCAUCCAACGUUCUUCUGAGAAGUUAUGUCACCCAGGAUGGUCGAGGCAGUGCUUAUCCUAACAUCGCCCAUUAUCCUGGAACGCGAUACCCGGUCGACUUCAUCAAUCACAUGGGCAUGUUUGAACUGGACUGUGACGACAUCAUUUACGUCAAAAUCCCUGACCAAUCAUCUAACGGAGUUUAUCCUAGAAUACCCGAACAGACAUAUUUUGGUCUCGAGCUUAUCAAACCGAAAUACAGCUACCUGGAACGACUUAACGGUUGCUAACAUUUGCAUGCUCACUUUGAAUCUCUCGAACAAUGGGUUAUACGCUUUCGCGUAAAUUAAUCUAAAUUUUCGCAGAUACAUAAUUAAGGGUACAAAUUGCAAUGAAAUACUUUUCAUUGCGUCUCAAUGAAUAUACGCCCAAUCAAAUUUUGCACAUCACGAGACGUCCCGUGUUUGUGUGUCUGUUUUACAAAUGUAUAAUGUCACCAGGCGGAAUGCUGUGCAGGGUGACUUCGGUAUGGUAUUUCAGUGAAAUAGCGCUAUAACGUUGACAUCAGAUCCGCGCUAUCACAAGGAGGUAAAUACACCAACAUACCUUGCCCCCAACACAGAAUACAUACAUGCACGCAUAAACAACACACACGGAGCCACGUUCUUAAAUGACCUAAGCUGUUAAUAGGACCUUCCACAAAAUAAAUCCAAACCAAAACCAAACCACUCUUACAAAUGUGGCCCGAGCACGUGACUACUUAAUGAUGAGAACAAUUUGCUCAACUGUCUUUAUUGCAUUAAUUGAUCAUAGCUCUAAACGUAAAGUUUCAUCACCUGUUACCGGAUAGUUUUGGUGGAUACUGUUUCUGUCUUGUACAUACAUAGAGUUGAUAUAUGUAGAGUUCACAAACACAGUGCUAGUUGAGUUACCUCCCAUUGUGUAUCAAUAUCUUUCUGUGGUUUUUCCCUCCUUUGAACAGUAAGUUCAGAAUCAUUCAUACUGAUGGCGAAAAAAUAAAGACAUAUGACUGUUUCAUUGUAAAUAAUUCACAUUUAUAUUCAUCACAUAUUGAUAAUUUUCAUCCUUUUUGCUUAGAAAGAAACUGACUUUAUAAAUGGCAAUUGAAAGUACAUGUUUGAAGUUAACACUUAUUUAAACGUCCCACACAACUUCUUGUGCAUAUUUAGAUAUGUUUUAACAUGCAUUCGCCUGGAACAACUUCUUAUUCUUUGGACAUACAUGUCUCUUACACAUUAUCACCAUAAACUGAUUGGAGCGAAGUGAGUAUAUAAAGAAUGUUUCAAAAAGAAGCAUGUAAUCUUCACAACCAAAUGGUUUUACUUCCAACAUGUGUAUCUUUACUGUACCUCUGGAAAAUGUCCUACCAAAAUAUAAGCCAUUUUUUUAGAUGCAUUAAUACCAUCCCUGGUUGUUACCUGUCCUUUAACAAUGACAGAAGAGCUACCGUUAAACCAAAGCUGGCAAAUUUUACCGUUACGCUGUCGCGCAAUUGCAUACAUAAUCCGCAAGGCGGUAUGCAGAGCCUUCCCUAAGGGUGUUGCGAAAUUACAAACAUUGAGCGCAGAACCGCUGGAUAUCGAUGAUGGUUAUAUGUGUGUCGUAUGAAAUUUGUACAUUAAAUUAGAUCGAUGUCGGACAUGAUAAUUAAACCGUUCAUGAGGCACAACAUGCAUUCACCUGAAAAGUUUGGAUCGAAAUGUGUUACACAACCCAGUUUUGCUAGUAUGCUAAACUGUAUACACGAUGUUUCCGAUUGAAGUGUUAACCAAUGUUCACAGAUCAUAAACAUAUGUUAACCAUUGUUCACAGAUCAUAAAUAUAUGUCAACCAAUGUUCACAGAUCAAAAAACAUAUGUUAAUCAUUGGUUAAUCGUCAGCAUGUAUUUCGUGAAUAAAACUGUAAUUUGAC